GAUCGGUCUUGGCGUCUUGCCCUCUUUAUUAAUUUAUGCUCUCCCCUCUCAUCUGCGUACCCUCUUCUUGAUCUUGAUGCCUUUCUUGUCUUGAUAUGGUGUAUAUAUAUAUAUAUACUCGUAACUAAAGCAAGCAGCAGCAAAAUUUCUAGCCACAGAAAGUGGUCUCAUUUCCUUGCUUGAAUGCCCUAGCUAGCUAGAUACAAAAAAUAUAUAAAGUGGAUCGGAAUCAUGGGAAGCGGCCCCUUCCAUUCGAUGAAUCGGAGGAGAAAGAGGAAGAUCACAUCUUCCCAAUCUACUCAGCUCGAUCUCGACAAGACAUGAAUGCAAUGGUUUCAGCCCUAGUUCAAGUGAUUGGAAAUAGCCACAAUAAUCCACUUCAAGUUCAUGAAAAUCCUUUAUCAAUACCACAAUCAAACACACAAGGCCAUGAUCAACCACAGCAGCCUGUUCCAGAUCAAGGAAACACGAGGAGAAGACACUAUAGAGGAGUGAGGCACCGACCGUGGGGAAAAUGGGCUGCCGAGAUCAGGGACCCAAAGAAGGCAGCUCGAGUGUGGCUCGGUACUUUUGACAACGCUGAAGCAGCAGCCCUUGCUUAUGACGAAGCUGCGCUUAGGUUUAAAGGAAGUAAAGCUAAGCUUAACUUUCCAGAAAGAGUUCAAGGAAGAAGCGAAUUAGGUUUCUUGACUAAUCGCCAAGAUUUGCAUGCAGGAACCCAACAAAUUAUGACUCGUCGAGUUACUGAUCCUCCUUGUCCUCCACAUACACAACAAGAAGCAUACACAACUCGUUUUCAAUACCCACAGUUUUUGCUUCCUAGUGGGAACUACGGCUUCAACUAUGCUGAGCCCGUGGGUCGUUAUAGCAGUGGAGAGUCAUACCUUUCGCCGGCGUCAUCAGCUGCAUCUUCAUCUUCAUCUUCAUCUUCAUCUUCAUCAUCCACAACUUCUCAUCAACAAGAAGAGCUUAUAAGAUUUUCAAUGCAGUUUGGAAAUCCUUACUCUCAUUAUAAUCCUCCUACAAAUUGGAUGGACUUUGAUUCUACUCGCGGAAGAGACUAGUACGUAUAGGAAGGCAAGUUUUAGUGAGGAGAUAACUAGCUAGAGGAACUCUGAACUUUCUGGUUAUGAUCGGGAUCGAUGUUUAUUUUUCUUUUUUCACUUGCUUGUUUUCUCUUUUCCUGUUUAAAUUUCCCUUUUUUUCCAUUUGGAAUAAAUUGAAUAAUUACCUUGUAUGCUUGUUGAACAUCUUUCUCAUCUGGGAUAAUCAACUACGUUACUCUUUGUUGAUUUUAGUUCCUGCAAGAGAGACUUCUCCUUGUGGUUGAGUUUUAUAUCUCUAGACAUUACAGAAUGGAGAAACAGAAAAUAACCUCAGAGAAAUGUAGCAAGAAUCAUUCCAUAUCCACAAUUCUACGUAUUAAU